CCGCGAGCUCGGUAUGCAUGGAUGGACAAGAUCCUCAGUCGAUCGAGCCCAAAUACAGAUCCAGGCUGGGAAGCAGGCCAGGCGGUCAUUGACACUCUCGAGCAAUGGCGCAUUUUGGUCAUUGGUGCCGGUGGACUGGGCUGCGAGAUCUUGAAGAACUUGGCGCUGAGCGGAUUCAGGAACAUCGACGUGAUAGACAUGGACACUAUUGAUGUGUCCAACCUGAAUCGCCAGUUUCUCUUCCGCCACAGCGAUGUGGGCAAGCCAAAGGCGACAGUCGCGGCCGACUUCGUCAUGAAGCGCGUGCCAGGCUGCACCAUCAACGCCUACGUGGGCAAGAUCCAAGACAAAGACGACGAUUACUACAUGCAAUUCAACAGCGUCAUUUGUGGCCUGGACUCCAUCGAAGCCCGUCGCUGGAUCAACGCAACCUUGGUCGGAAUGGUGGAUAUGGACAACCCGGACUCGCUCAAACCAUUGAUCGAUGGAGGCACUGAGGGCUUCAAGGGUCAGUCGCGUGUCAUCUUUCCCUCCAUGACCUCGUGUAUUGAGUGCCAGCUGGACAUGCACGCUCCACGAGCCGCUGUGCCGCUCUGCACACUGGCCACCAUUCCUCGCCAGCCGCAGCACUGUAUCGAGUGGGCCCACAUCAUCAAGUGGGAAGAGGACCGCAAGGACAUUACGCUGGACACUGAUGACCCAGAGCAUAUUACUUGGCUGUACCAGACGGCAUUGAAGCGAGCUCACGACUUUGGCAUCCAGGGCGUCACGUACAGCAUGACUCAGGGCGUUGUCAAGAACAUCAUUCCUGCCAUCGCCUCCACCAAUGCUAUUAUCGCAGCGUCGUGCUGUAAUGAGGCUUUCAAGAUUGCCACCAAUUCUGCUUCUUUCCUGGCCAACCCAGCUUUUACCCCUGCUCCGAACAACUAUAUGCUGUACACCGGCGACGACAGCAUCUACACCUACACAUUCGGCCACAAAAAGAAGUCCGAUUGCCCAGUCUGCGGUAAUUUGCCCAAGGAUCUCUCUCUUAGCAAGGACACCACGCUUGGAGAUCUGGUCGACAGUCUAGCGGAGCGACCAGAGGCCCAGCUCAAGAAGCCGAAUCUGAGGACGGAAGCGAAGUCCCUCUACUACUCGUCACCAGACUCUUUGCGUGAGCAGACUGAGCCAAACCUCAAGAAGAAGCUGAGCGAGCUUGUCGAAGAGGGCGAAGAGGUCGCUGUCAGCGAUCCUGCGCUAGCUGCUGUGGAUCUACGCUACCGAGUGCGCUUUACGUAGAGUCUCCAACCACGAGGAUGCUUCUCUGGCGCUAGUCAAGAAGAGGCGGAAAUUUCCUUGUUCGCAUAACGCAAGGCCCUCGACGGCAUGAGAUGUGAAAAUGAUGAGAUGUGAACAUGAAUGCAUUGCUAAUUGAAGCUCUGUGGGACUUCUGUCCCAUACUAGAUUUCGAAUAGAUGGCCAAAGAAGCUUCAUAAGCAGUGGAGAAGG